AUGUGGGGAAGAGGAUACUGCAGCUAUUAUGACUCUGACCGAGGUUACAAAAUUAAACAGGAUGAAUUUGAUAUAGAGCAUAUAGAUAAAUUAGAUAAAAAGGCAGAUACAAGUUAUCAAAUUGACAGAGAAACAAUUGAACAUCAAGAAUUUAAAGGAACCCAUAGUAUCGACUUUGAAGUUUAUUCUAAUGGCCUAGGUCUUAUGCAUAUUGCUGCUAUUUGGAACUCAUUAGACGAAUUCAUUUUUCUUCACAAGACUCAUAAAUUGGAUAUUAAUGUAAAAGACCGUAGUAACCAUAUCCCACUCCAUUACGCAUGUUCUCAGGGUUCCACAGAAGUUGUCGCUUAUAUUUUAAGUCAAUUAAGCGACGAAGAAUUUAAGAAACCCGAAAUAGAUCAUAACCUUUGCCUCAAAUUAGCAGCACGUACUAGUUCCUGGCGUAUAAUUGAGAUUCUUUGCCAGAAAGGAAUUGAUAUGAAAAAGAAUGGCCAAGAAGCUAUCGAAAUUGCAACAACUCUUACUGAUAUCGCAACGCUACGUGUUCUUCUCAGUCAUUCCGGCGAAAACAGUAGAGUAACUUCAUCACCAGUUUUAUCAGCGAUUACCUUUGACAAAAUUGAUUGUUUGAAGAUGCUUUUUGCCAAUGGAUUCGAAGCAGACAAGCCAGUUAUGGAUAUGCUCCCUCUUUACAAAGCAUUGGAUCAAUAUACUGUUAAUCAGGGCAUUGUCCAACUUAUUUUGAGAUAUUCGUCAAAAUACGAUAUUGACACCCAAAACCGCAUGUCAACAGUUCAUUACAUUUGCAAAUGCAUGAAUCCGAAAAUUGCUGCAGAUAUUUUGGUUCAUGAUAUCGAUGUUAACAAGCUUGAUGAACAUGGACGACCAGGACCUUACUAUUUCCAGUCCAAGCCUGAUGGAGAUCCGGCUGCAAUUCUGGAUAUGCUUCUUAAGAAAGGUUUUAACGUAAAUAUAAAGUUCGGAAGUCCAAGUAUUUCGAUUCUCAACCAUUUCAUGACUUUGUACGGAAAUUGGGAAAGAAUUGUCAAAUGGUUCGUCGAACAUGACGCAGAUCUUGAAGAAAAGCUCGCAAACUCUAAAGAUAAAAGAACUCUUCGUGAUGCAAUCAAAAAGGUUUAUCCUAAAAUUAAUGUUCCUGAUAAAGAUGAAUAA